AAUAGCCUUUUAUGGGAGGAAUUCGGAGACUUUUACAGACAUACUAUCAACUUCCGGCUGGGUGUGAGCGACUGUCUGGCUUCAAAAAUAUCUAGUUUUACUGCCCUGAAGGCCUGAAUUUCUGUUUUCAGUUUUGCCUGUAUGCUCGAGUUCAUUCCGCACAGUUAGAAGAUGUCUAAGUCUCUGAAGAAGAUAGUGGAAGAGAGUCGGGAGAAGAAUUUGCCAGAGGUGGACAUGUGUGACAGAGGAAUAUCAAACCUACUGGAUAUUCCUGGGCUGUUCACCUUGUCCAACAUAACCCAACUGGUGCUGAGCCACAACAAGCUGAAUGCUGUGCCUCCAAACAUCGCGGACCUGAAGAACUUGGAAGUGUUGAAUAUGUUCAAUAACCAGAUUGAAGAGCUUCCAACCCAGAUCAGUAGCCUUCAAAAACUGAAACACCUGAACCUUGGGAUGAACAGGUUGAGUACUCUUCCAAGAGGGUUUGGAUCUCUUCCAGCGUUGGAGGUUCUGGAUCUUACGUACAACAACCUGAACGAGUCCUCGCUGCCCGGGAAUUUCUUUUACCUUACCACCCUGCGCGCGCUCUAUCUCAGUGACAACGAUUUUGAGAUUUUGCCCCCAGACAUCGGCAAGCUGGCCAAGCUACAGAUAUUGAGUCUGAGGGAUAAUGACCUCAUUUCUAUGCCCAAAGAGAUAGGAGAUCUGGCUCAGCUAAAGGAACUUCACAUUCAAGGGAACAGACUCACAGUACUGCCUCCUGAACUUGGUAACCUGGACCUGACAGGCCCAAAGCAGGUGUUUAAGGCUGAGAAUAACUCCUGGGUGACACCUAUAGCUGACCAAUUCCAGCUGGGCAUCUCUCAUGUGUUUGAGUACAUCCGUUCCGAGACCUACAAGUAUCUUUACGGCAGACACAUGCAGGCCAACCCCGAGGCGCCCAAAAAGAGCACUGACAAAUCCAAGAAGAUCAGCCGCAAGCCGCUGGCGGCCAAGAACAAGUGAAGAAGAGGAUGAAGAAGGGCUGAUCCAACUCUCUGAGCUGAACCUCACUGCAUGUGCCUUCCCAUUUUAUAUUUAUUCUGAAAAUAUGUUUUAUAUUGCUUCAGUAUUAUGUUAAUCACUAACCUCUGGGUGGGUCCACCCUUGAUACGCCCCAAAACCCGUUACUGAAUGUCAUUGUCCCAAGUUUCAAAAGUGAAAAAAGUGUCUAACUUUGCCAAGUGACAAGUGUCCUUUUUUCUACCUACAACCUGCAUAUUUACACUGUUUAAGAGUAAGUGCUACUUCUGUCAAGUCAGACUUAGUAUCACUCAAAAAUGAAAAUUCUGUCAUCAUUUACUCACUUUAUUUUUCUGUUUUCCAAAAACGAAAGUAGAAAUUGUUAGGAAUACUUGUUACUUGUUUUUUUCCCCCUUGCAAUUACAGAGAAUGGUGACUGGAGCUUUCAAGCUUUCGGAAUAAUGCAAAAGCGCCAUAAAAGCAGCAGUACAAUUCGUUAACAAAUAGUUCUAUAGAGUCUAACGUUUUUAAUGAAUCUAAAACUAGUCAAAACUAAUCUGAAUAAUUCAUUCACAAAUCCGACGAAUCCAGUUUUGUGUUCAACUCCAGGUACAGUUAUCUGGAGGUGAAGAUUAUUAGUGAAUAAUGACCUAAAUUUUGGUCUUUUCCUCACACAAAGCCAUAGUAUUUCUUCGUAUAUUCGUUAAAGCUCUUGUCUCCAUCCUUUGUAAUUGCAAAGAAAAUGACAAGCACAUUCUUCAAAAAGAAGAAAAUCAGUCAUAUUGGUUUGGAACAACAUGAGGGUGAGUAAGUGAAUUUACAUUUUUGGGUUAACUAUCUUUUUAACAACAUUAUUGUACAUGGUGUUGGACGUUAAUCAGGUUUCUGAACAUGUUUCUUUUGCCUGUAUCUCUAGAGAGGCAGAGGAAGUAUUGUCCUAUUCAACCAUCCACAUGAAGAGAGCAGCAUUUCUUAGUGAAUUCUGGGGGGUAGUGACAAGGCUUGUGUAACCAUACAGGGAUUUAGCCAGAGUUUUGGGGACUUAGUCGAGUCUGAGCAGGAUUGUGUCAGGUCUCUGGGGGGAUGCCGCUGACUGCUUCCUCUGCCUCUUAAUGACAGAUAUGAAUGGCUGCAAACGAAAGCUUCAGAUGGUACACACAGCCGAAACCAGACAGAAACGUCCCACUGGCCAUUUGAGAGGGUCAACAAGAUAUCGCAACAAACCACAGAUGGCAUUCUUUGAAACCAUCAACAUGCAACAGCCAUUGUUUCUGACUGUUAUUGUUUUCAACGUAACAUGACAGUGCAACUUCUUACCGAACAACGCAGUUUAUAAAGAACCGGAUUGUGGUUGAAAUUAUUUAGCAAUAACUGUCAUUUUGGGUGUAAUGAUGCCCACUACGCCUUUAGGUUGCGUACACUAACAUCAUCUAAUUCUGCAAAGCUUGGCUGAAUUUGAAGUUUUACUUUUUCUUUUUUUUUUUUUUUUACAGAUGUGUUGUAUAUUGUAAAAUGUCACAGAAUGUUUAAUUACAUUAUAAAGCUGUAAUAUUUUAAUAUCUUUUAUCAUGUGCACAUGAAGCUAUGCGCUAUGUUCUGUAUUACUGAUAUUAAAAUAGUCACAAUUUUGUUUGACGAUUCAGUAUUUCUUAAUUCAACAUGAAUCGUAAAUCUGUAAGAGAAGCAUUAGACCAGAUAAUAAUCAGAAAAUGAGAUGAUUAUUGACCUAGUCUAUAUAUAGUGUCAUAGUGUGAAAGAAUGGUUUUGCAAUCUAUGAAAACAAACGUUUCUUCUACUUGUGUUUCAUUAAUAAAAAAAUAAAAAUUAA